AUGUGCACAGGCUGGUGUGAGGAGAGAUGGACCAGCGCCAGUGGAGGAAGACGCAGGGAUAAACGAGUGGAUCUUCACCGAUGGCUGUGCAUCACAAUCUUGUUCUCUGCCCUGUGGGGCCGGGUGUCGCCCCAGUGCCCGGACAGCUGCCACUGUGCCUGGGACACGGCCACAGUGCAGUGCUCGGAUGCCGGGCUGCGGGAGAUCCCAGAGGGGAUCCCACCGGAAACCGUCUCCCUCCACCUGGAACGCAACUACAUCCGGAACCUCCCUGAGAGGGCCUUCAGCGAGCUGGUCCACCUGCGGGACCUGUACCUGUCCCACAACCGCAUCGACUCGCUGGCCUCGGGGGCCUUGCGGCAUCUGGGCCCCGAGCUGCGACUGCUGGACCUCUCACACAACCUGCUGAGACAGGCCAACAGGGAGGAGUUUGGCUCCACCAGGGCAAAGACGCGCCUCUACCACAACCCCUGGCACUGCGACUGCGCCCUCCAGGAGCUGAUGGAGACUCUGAACCUUGAGCCCGAGACGGUGAACGGGAUCGUGUGUGAGAGCUCCGUGCGGGGGGUGGGCGAGGGCAGCAGGUGGGAGGACCCGGGGUCGCAGGGCGAGCAUGCGGGCCAGCCGCUCGUCAAGCUGCUGGACUCUGGGGUGAACUUCUGCAGCCUGCAGAGGAAAACCACCGACGUGGCCAUGCUGGUGACCAUGUUUGUGUGGUUCUUCAUGGUCAUCGUGUACGUGGUGUACUAUGUGAGGCAGAACCAAGCCGAGGCCCGCAGGCAUCUGGAGUACCUGAAGAGUUUACCCAGUCCUGGCAAGUCCCCCACUGAGACAGACACUCUCAGCACUGGUUUCUGA